AUGCCUAGCUUCCUGCCGAGAACUUCGCUGCAAUACAGCGCUGGCAGCCAAAUAGCAACAGGCCGCUUCAAGUUUGAGCGGAGUCUGUCAUCCAACGUCACACACAGCACAAACGCAGCACAUGAAUUAAGUGGCGAAGGAACACCGUACGAUCCGCGCGCAAUCGUCCGAGUGCUCAUACCGAUCUCUAUAGCCGGGUGGCUCCUCUUUGGGGUCAUCUGUAUUCUGUGUAUCAACGGGCGAGGAAAGCUAGGGAGAUGGAUCCCGGAAUGGUAUCUCGAUUCAGAUGGAACGCGGCGAGAUAAGGCGAUGGUUGUGAUGUGGUGGAUGGCAGUUAUGGUAUUCUGGCCAUUGAUAUUACCGGUUCUGUUUGUAACGAAAGUGGUGUGUGCUGUGAAGCGGUGGACGACGAAAGGCAAGGAGGCGCAACUACUGUGGCCGAGGAAGAGUUUGGAAGAAGUAUGA